CUGUACAUGAUCUUCACCCAUGUUCAAUGUUGUACUUGCUUUUUCUGGUUGUGCCUGUGCUAUGAUGCGGUACCGUUAUGCUGUGCUUGUGUAAACAGCCAGCCCAGUCAAUCCUUUUUUGGCCUUCACCCUCACCACCACCUCGACCGGGAAAUUGCAGUUACCUUGAAGGAGAGAGAAGUGGAUGAGGGUCCAGAGCUCGGUGUUGACCUCGAUCAAGAUGGGGAAUCCCUGGCCGAGGCACGAGCUAGUCCGUGGAAGCGUUUGGCAAUUGUUUUGAUGGUACCCUACCUGCCUACAUCAUUCAAAUCUCCAUCACACACACCACAGCUCGCCUUGGAAGCCACCGGUAUUCGAGUGCUGGGUGAGGUGGUUGCGUCGUGGCACGCACGCCGGAAGCGGGCUGACCCUCACGACUCUGUCCAGCUGGCCAAUGCUUGACUCCUUGUCGACUCAAGCCCGCUGCCGGCCUCCCGCCUUCUGCUUCUCAUCCAACGAGAGCGCGCGAGACGUUACUUCCAGAUGAAAUUUGACUUUCGGCUCCAGUGCCAACAGCCAAACGACAAGCGGUUGACGUUUUGUCGUUCGAUGUAGGUUUAGGAUUACGGAUGACCCCGAUUCGCGCUAGUGCCGAUCUUCCACCUGUUUAUUUUUAGGUCUUCUGGAAUUCCCACACCUGCAUCACUUACGCGACGACCUGCAUAUUAUUUGAUAUGCACGACUGAUGACAAUGACGCGACUAUUCCUUCUUUUUUCUCCAGCACUUUUGCCCUUUCUCUUGCGAAUCUGGGGCCUAGAAGUCCAGCCUUUGGUAAUGUCCCCAAUGACCACCUGACAUUCCAGCCUUAUAUCCCCGAAAACAUAUUUUUUUUAUCCUCGCCAUCUCUGCUUUCUCCACGUCUGCUCUUCUCUGAGUGGUUCUGCUCCAAAUCACAACCACCAUCCUUAGCUCUAGUUUCGUCUCCCCUUACUCUCCUCGUGCAUUUCCAAAAUAAGCGUCCCCCACCCAAUCUCACCCACAUUCGUAAAUACAAAUCAGUUUCCCCAAAAAAACAUCCAACCGCUAGCAAAGCAAUGAUCCCCGACCUUGGAAUAUCCCACAGUCGGGACCAACCGUUUCCUUUCCCGUUCCCUCCGACCCACCCCCAUGCCCCUGUCUCUUCCCCGAGGGGAGAUAACAGGCCUGAACUGAACGGUCCUAUUUCUAGGUCCACGAUUGCCUCAGACCGUUCGUGUAGGAACGUGUUCUUGGUAUUCCUCGGGUGCAAGAGGCGUUGGCGCCACUCGAUACCGGUUCUUGACGUCUCCCCCUCCCCUUCCCCCACACGUAAACCCGACGACCCAUGUCACACACACAUAUACACACACACGCUAU